GGAGAACUCAUAUUUUGAUAAAUGUAUGUGAUUCAAUAGCGAUUAACUUGAGAAAAUAAUCAAGAUAUUUGGAAAUCAAGCAUAUAAUUCUGAGGGAUCAGUGGACGAUAAGAGGAUAACACAAGAAUAAAAAAGAGGAUAUAUAAUAUUAACUUUAAAAUCAACCAUUUACCAUGAUGAGGAGACACACUGAACAAUAUUUGAAACGGAAUCUACGCUGUAAUCAUAUAAAACUUGUUCUUGUUUUAAUACUUGUAUUGAUAGUUAUACUGCAUAAACUACAAGGAACGUCAUACCCAGCUAUGGUUUUUAACAGUUCUGGCAUUUCCCGAUUUUUCUCUCAACCAAGAACUGCUGAGGAGUCGCUGUAUUUGAAGCUGUUAAAAAAGCCAAAGUUGCCCCUGGAUACCACUAGGGUGUUUUAUAAUGGAUUACCUAAAUGUGGCUCAACUUCUCACGUGGUACUGCUUGCAAAAUUAGCAAGACGGAACAAAUUUAAGUAUGUUUAUAAACGUAGCACAGGAAUAAAAACCACAGGAGAUGAAGCACAAACAUUAUCUUAUAUCAAAGAUUUUAUGAAACAAUCAAAUUUUGUUAGAUAUAAUGAUAUCUAUUUUGUGGAUUUUAACAGCUAUAAUUAUUCAAACCCAAUAUAUUACAAUAUCGCACGUGAGCCGUACUCACGCAUCGUGUCACUGUAUUAUUACAAACAGCGUACAUGUCGUCCUGGAUUAGCUGUGUGUCUUGAUAUGGAGCAUAGUAAAAACAUGACAUUUGAUGAGUGUAUCAUGAACAAUCCUGACAACUUAAACUACUGUGGUGCAUUCCGGGAGAUAAUGCGAGUGUUCUGUGGCACGAGUGACAUAUGUCUUAACAAUACCCUGUCACACCUAGGAGUACAACAGGCCAAGGCAAACAUAGCCAAGCACUAUCAGUUCGUAGGCCUUUUAGAGGAACUCAGUCUUAGUCUGCUUGCACUAGAGAAACUUUUCCCAAAAUAUUUCACAGGAGCAGCCUUAGGGAGUGGAAGGGCUAAUGUUGGAAAGAAUAAAGUCCAGCCAAAUAAAGAGACAGAAUCAACUAUUAAAGAUUUGCUAAGAUACGACUUUGAUGUAUAUUACUUCAUUAGAGCUAGAUUCUACCAACAAAUUAGACUAUUAGGACUCAAUGAAAGCUAUUCAGCUCAAUAGUUUGGUGAUUAUAGACUCUCAUUAGAAUAUUAUAUAACAUCUCAUUCAUUCAUCUCAGAUUCAUUAAUACUGGGCCUCUAGGAAGACCAGUUUUUGUACUGAAAGUGCUACCCAGAAUAAAUAUAGUUUUCAAAUCAAAUCAAAUAAAUAAAUAGCACCAUGGGUACUGGGCUCACAUGGUGUUGGUCAGCAAGGAAAAUAGUGAAUGAUGGCUAAAAUGGCAAACAUUAAAAAAAGCAUAAAUUUUUUCCAAUUCUUUACAAAAUUAUAUCAUUAAACUACUCUUUAUAGUGAUAUGGCUUUUACAAUGAAGGACAGCUGAAAUCAGUUUUAAAGCUACUGAAUUGACAAAAACUAAAACUAAAAUGGCAGCCAUUGAAAAAAUAGGAAAGCUUUUGAACCUGGACUCACAAGAGGGACUUCUGUAUUCAAGAGGAACCAAAAUAAUUAAAACUAGGAAUCUUAUUUCCCAGGGGUUCACUCCAAAUAAUAUGGGUAGGUAUGUGCAGCAUGGUCAAUUUUGGCUUUGAGCAUAAAACAUAGAACUUGGCCAAUCUGAGAGGAAAAAACGUGGAAAAUUGUCUGAGAAAGUACCCUUUUUAAGUCAAAAUUCAGUUUUUCUACAGAAAAUUAUAUUAAAUUUGUUAAAUCAGUUGCUGAGGCCUGGAAUAAAUCACUAGAAAAGUUGAUUUUUUAGUCAAUUAUUAGUGUCAGAGGAAUUAAACAUGGAAACCUUCAAUCUUGAGAGGAAAUUAACAUGGAAAAUGCUCAAAAUGGGGGUCUUUGGGGCGGCACAUAAGUAUUAAGAAGUAUAUUGGAGUGAAACCCCCGGGUCUAAUUAACCCAGGUUUUAAAACAUGCUUCUGUUGUCGGCUGACUGAGAGACAAAUCAAUGUUAUUAUUAUUUCAUAAAACUACUCUUUAGAGUGACAUAGCUUUUUUCAAUGCAGGUCACCUGAAAUUAUUUAUAAAGCUACCAAUUGGUCCAAAAGUGAAUUUUGCGAGACAAAAAUGGCAGCCAUUUUGAAAAUAGGUGAGCUUUUGAACCAUGAGUCACAGGGGGGUUUUCUGUAUUGGUGUUGAACAAAAAUAACUUAACGGGAAUCCUAUCGACAGAAUUUUUAAAACAAAUGGUCCAAAAAUGGAUUUCGCGAGACAAAUGGACAAAUCAAUGUUAAUUAAAAUGGCUGAAAAUAAAAAAAUGGAUAUAAUUUUUUGGCUGAGUUUUUUUAAAUAAAAUAAUUGCAUACAAAUACUCUUUACAGUGACAUGUCUUUUUACAAUUGCAGGACACCUGAAAAUAUUUAUAAAGCUAGCAAAUGGUCUAAAAGUGAAUUUUUGAGACAAAAUUGCAGCCAUUUUGAAAGAAGGCAAGCUUUUGAACCAUGAGUCAUAGGGGGGUUAUCUAUAUUGAUGUUGAACAAAAAUAACUUGAAACGGGAAUCCUGUCGACACAGGUUUUAAAGCAAACGGUCCAAAGUAAAUUGCGCGAGACAAAAAUGGCGGCCAUUUUGAAAAUAGGCGAGCUUUUGAACCAGGAGUCAAAGGGGAUUUUCUUUAUUGAUUUUGAAAUAAAAUAAAUUAAAACGGGAAUCCUAUCAACACAGGUUUUAAAGCAAAUGGUCCAAAGCGAAUUGCGCGAGACAAAAAUGGCCGCCAUUUUGAAAAUAGGCGAGCUUUUGAACCAGGAGUCACAGGGGAUUUUCUAUUUUGAUUUUGAAAUAAAACAACUUAAAACGGGAAUCCUAUCAACAGGUUUUAAAGCAAAUGGUCCAAAGUGAAUUGUGUGAGACAAAAAUGGCCGCCAUUUUGAAAAUAGGCGAGCUUUUGAACCAGGAGUCACAGGGGAUUUUCUAUAUUGAUUUUGAAAUAAAACAACUUUAAACGGGAAUCCUAUCGACAGAGGUUUUAAAAUGGGCCAAUUGUCAGACGGACAGACAGACG